UGUGGAGGAAGCAAACGAGUAUGGAAAAAGGAAUGAGGGAAGGAUGAAGUGGAAGGUGGUCUUGUUGUCGUGGUUGUUUUGGGGCACCUCUGCCGUGCAACGCCGACCCUCCCGACGUGUUGCGUUCGAGUUCUUUUCGUCGCGUUGGCUUCUGAUGACCUUGAUGCGUUCCGCCGACGUCGCGGGUCCCUCGCGUGCGCCGAUUGGCCUCUCGCUCAGGAAACGUUUCCUUUUAUAGCAAACGCUGCGCCGAGGGGCCACACUUCCGGGUCGUCGGCAUGUAGGAUCACCUGGACGCGCUAACGCCAACCCGUCGAACCUCCACCGAUCCCGCACCGAUCGGCGAAGCAUUGUCUUGAAGGUUUUGUACGCGCGAGAAUGGGCAACUUGAUCAAAGUGCUGAGCAGAGACAUCGACAACAACGCCGGAAACUUCUUCUUGGACUUUGAGAAUGCGGAGGCGUCGAGCUCCGAGAAGGAGGUUUGGGAGAAGGUGAACAAGGUGCUCACGGAGGCUCAGGUGAUCCUGGACGAGCUGCAGGCCUACACGGGAGCAGGCGAGCAGAUCCGACUGGCCAUCCAGAGUCCGGGCGAGAAGGGCGCUCAGGAGAGGGCCUGGUCUGCCGUUCUUCCCCUCGUGGCAAAACUCAAACGUUUCUAUGAGUUCUCCCACAAACUCGAGCGGAGUCUGCACCAGCUGCUGGAGGUCCUGACCGGCUCCGAAGCCUCGCCCACCCAGCAGCUGGAGAACAAACAGGCGCUGGCCAGGCAGUUUGCGCUCAUCCUGCACUUCACGUUGAGAUUUGACGAGCUCAAGAUGACCAUCCCAGCCAUCCAGAAUGACUUCAGUUACUACAGACGCACCAUCAGCCGCAUGCGUAUCAACAACCUGAGUGGCGACGCAGAUGCCGAGGUCAACAACGAGCUGGCCAAUCGUAUGUCCCUGUUCUACGCCAGCGCCACACCCAUGUUGAAGACGCUGAGCGACGCCACCAUCAAGUUCGUCGCCGAUAAUCCCCAAGUCCCCGUCGACAACACCACUGACUGCCUGAGCACCAUGGCCGGCGUCUGCAAAGUCAUGCUGGAAACACCAGAGUACAGAAGUCGUUUCACCAGCGAGGAGACGCUGCUCUUUUGUUUGCGCGUGAUGGUGGGCGUCAUCAUCCUCUAUGACCACGUGCACCCGGCCGGAGCCUUCGUCAAGACCUCCAACAUCGACGUGAAAGGCUGCGUCCGGGUGCUGCGGGAGCAGCCGGCGAGUAGCGUGCGAGCUCUGCUGGAUGCGCUCAGGUACACCACCAAGCAUCUGAACGACGAGGCCACGCCAAAACACAUCAGGAACAUGCUGAGCGUCAAUUGAACAAGAGCGCCCCCUGCUGCUCGUCCUCUGCAUUUCAGCACAACUCCUGAGCUUUCCGGUUUGAUUCCUCCUCCUUUGGUCUUAACGGUUCCUAUUCUACCUCUCCUGUCGCCAUUGUUGCUCACAUGUGGGUGUGACUGGCGCGGGUGGACUUCACUGGAAGCUAAUGUUAGCCUUGGCUAGCAGCCGACGUCAAGAUCAGAGCGACGGUCUCGGACGCGAGGGCCGCCUCAUCCUGCAGCUCGAUUUUUCUUACUCAGUUUUUCAUGUAAAGUUGCGCUUACUUUUCGGCUCCAUAAAGUUUUGUAUGUAC